AUGCCGCCUCGAAUACCAGGCGUACAGCGCCUAGGCACCUUCUCACUAUGCCUACGACCAGCCGUAAAACAGCCCACCUCGUCAUUCCUCCCAGUCACCCAAACCGCAUCUCUGUCGCAAAAAGAUAAGAAGCGAAUAGCCAAGCUGGACCCCUACCGAUAUGCGCAAAUACAGCAGCGGGAGGCUGCCCACAGCAAGAGGCGGGAGGAGCUCGACGCCAUUAAGGCAAGCCAGCUAGGCGAUCCCGUGCGGGGCAUCCAGACACCCUUCAUCGAGUCCUUCGACUUCGCCGGACAGCAAGCCUACGCAAAGGCCUCUCUAGACGCAGACGGAAACCCGGUGGCGGAACCGCACGAGCUGCCGACCUCGCACCACAUCCUAAACAACCAGAUCGACGAGCGGGAGUUAACCUCCGCCAUCGAGAACGCGUAUAACCUGACCCGGCCGAUGGGAUCGCCGAUGGUUCCCGUGGGCUCCGAUGAGUAUAACGACACCGUCAAGAAGCAUGAGCAGCUGCACGACAAGGCCAUGGAGGCUAUAAGGCGCAUCACGCACCUGAGCAGCGGUUCUGCGAAGGACAGACUGCACGCCAAUAUCCGGCGGUGCGUAGAGACUUUUGGCAGACACGAGACCGAUCAGUUUUUAAAACCGAAGGCUCUCGCCCGAGGAGAGGAGAGGAAAGAGAUGCCGGUGCGGGGUGGACCCGAUACGGGAAGCAGCGAGGUGCAGAUUGCCAUCCUGACAGCUAAGAUCCGCGGCUUAGCCAACGCUUUGGAGAAGGGGAAGGCUUGGAAGGACAAGGUGGGUAAGCGGGAUUUGAGACUGCUGCUCCAUCGACGACAAAGGCUCAUGCGGUAUAUGGAGCGGAAGGAGAGGGGAAGCGACAGGUGGAAGCACAUGAUCGAGACACUAGGCCUGAGCCCGGCGACCUGGAAGGGGCAAAUCACCUUAUAG